AUGGUGCUGUCUCCCGCCGACAAGACCAACGUCAAGGCCGUCUGGGGUAAGAUUGGCAACCAUGCUGCAGAAUAUGGCGCAGAGGCCCUGGAGAGGAUGUUCAUGAACUUCCCAAGCACCAAGACCUACUUCUCCCACUUCGACCUGGGACACGGCUCCGCCCAGAUCAAGGGCCACGGCAAGAAGGUGGCCGACGCACUGACCAAAGCCGUGGGCCACAUGGACACCCUGCCCGAUGCCUUGUCUGAUCUGAGCGACCUGCACGCCCACAAGCUGCGUGUGGACCCGGUCAACUUCAAGCUCCUGGGCCACUGCCUGCUGGUGACCUUGGCUGUCCACCUCCCCGGCGACUUCACGCCCCCGGUCCAUGCCUCCCUGGACAAGUUCUUGGCCAGUGUGAGCACCGUGCUGACCUCCAAAUACCGUUAA